AGAUGUACAGAUAAGACUAGUGGUUGAGACCCGAUGUCAUCCCCUCUUUAUUUCAUAAAUCAGGUUAGCCCAGAGGAAAAAAAUUCAAUCUUUACCCAAAGUUUGUUCCUUUCUUGAAUUCUACGUGUGCCCUUUUCCCGAUCCCUCUGUCGGUUUAACCUGAAUUCUUUGACAUAUUUUGCAUCAUUGAGAUUGCGUGUUGAUAGAUAGAUGGGGUCUGAAGGUCCUGCUCCUGUAGUAACAGUCCACGUGACCGGAUUUAAGAAAUUUCAUGGGGUUGCAGAAAAUCCUACUGAGACAAUUGUGAAUAAUCUGCAAUCAUACAUGAACAAAAGGGGUCUGCCAAAAGGGUUGAUCCUUGGCACUUGUACAGUUCUUGAGACUGCAGGACAAGGAGCUAUCGUUCCCUUAUAUCAAACUUUGCAAUCUGCUUUGAGUAAGGAUGCCAAUGUUCCGAAUUCCAACAGAGUUAUUUGGGUUCAUUUUGGGGUUAAUAGUGGAGCAACAAGAUUUGCUAUAGAGCAACAAGCUGUCAAUGAAGCUACAUUCCGUUGUGCUGAUGAGAUGGGAUGGAAGCCCCAGAGAGUUCCCAUUGUUCCGGCAGAUGGUGGGAUCUCACGACUUCGUGAGACUUCUCUUCCAGUAAAGGAGAUAACAAAAUCAUUGGCAAAGAUGGGAUAUGAGGUGACCACAUCAGAUGAUGCUGGUCGAUUUGUUUGCAACUAUGUAUACUACCACUCGUUGCGGUUUGCAGAGCAGAAUGGGAUAAAAUCAGUGUUUGUCCAUGUUCCUCUCUUCUUGACAAUAGAUGAAGAGACUCAAAUGCAGUUUGCUGCUACUCUCUUGGAGAUACUUGCCUCCAUAUAUUAGAGCCCUUCAACUCAUCAUCGUCUUCUUUUAAAUCUCUCAAUAAGUUUUGGGAGAUUGUUAUGACUCACCUUUGGAUUUGUGUUGUGCAUGCCAAGAAGAUGGGACCUAUCUAUUCACUGCAUUGCUUUUAUAAUUUUAUUAAUAAAUAUUUGAGUGAAUGUAAAUUAUCAAAUAUCUCUCACAUACUCCACAUUAAGUUACUGCAGAACUUUACCAUGCUUUUUUUUACCAA